AUGGCCACAGAUUUCUCCAAGGUGGGAAGAUUCACCUCCUCGCCAGCCAUGACUGAAUGGGAUAUCAUUGUCGUGGGAUCUGGCCAUAAUGGCUUGACCGCAGCCGCCUACCUUGCGGUAGCUGGGAAGAAAGUCCUCGUCCUCGAAAAGGCUUCUUACCCCGGAGGUGGGGUGGCCAGCUUGCAGAUGGCCGAGCCAGGCUUUAUCAGCGAACGUCACAGCGCCAUUCAUCAACUGAUUCUCGCGAACCCCAUGAUCACGCACGAUGAACUUGGUUUACAAUCUCGGUACGGCCUCGUUUACAAGCAGCUAGACCCGUGCUAUGCCAUAGUCAUGGAAGACAAAGUCCUACCCAUCUACAGAGAGCGUCACAGGACUAUCGAUGCCAUUCGAGAGUUUUCGUCGGAAGAUGCCGAUGCCUACAACGUCUUUGUGGACAAAAGCCGACACAUCACCGAGCUUUUGAUGCCCUCUAUGUUCGAACCUCCCCGCGACAUGUCGGCGGAUAUUGCCAGCAGCCCUUUCGGGGAAGAAAUUGCCAUGGCAUCAACCAGCCCAUCCUUGGAUAUUAUCCAAAGAUACUUCAAGAGCGAGAUUCUUCAAGUUGCGUUACUGAGAUUCGUAACUGAGAUCCAGCUCGCUCAUCCAAAAACGACCGGCACGGGCUUGAUGGCUUACUUGGCUUUCGGACUUCUUGAUAUCUACGGCCUUUGCGUCCCCGAAGGGUCCGGAUCUGCAUGGACAGAAUCUGUAAUUCGCUGUCUCAGAGACCACAGCGGCGAUGUCAAGUUGAAUACAGAAGUCACUAAAGUCAUCACCGAAGGCGGGCGCGCCGUCGGAGUCAGAACUCGUUUUGGAGAGUUGAGGGCGAGAGAGGCCGUCAUCGGGCAGAUCCACCCCCACAAUCUUGGACAUCUUGUCGACGGAAUCGAUCCAUCAGUCAUAUCAGACGCCUCAAACACUCGUGUCUCUGACUUCACUCUUCUCGUCAUUCACGCCGCUCUCGAACGCCCGCUAAAGUUCAAAGCGGGUCCAAUCGCCGACAAGACUGUCAUGAAUACUUGCUGCCCAGGUAAUCUCAAAGACCUCAUCCAGAGCUACGACGAAAUGAGUCAAGGAAUACUUCCAGAGAAUAUCAUGAUCGGAGCCUCUUGUAUCAGUGCAGGUGACGAAACUCGUUGUCCGCCAGGCAAGUCGCUGCUGCACUGUGUUGUCAUGUGCAAGGCAGAGCCUGCCGAUGGCGGAUGGGCUGCGUGGGAUCGCAUCAAGGACGAUUGGGUGCAGCGAGUCUUCUCGUACUUUUCAAAGUACUUGGAAAACUUUACUCCCGACAUUGUUCGCUCCUAUCAUGUUGUUGCUCCUCCGGAUCAUCAAUCUGACAGCCCCAGUUUCCAGCGUGGCGACAUUGCCGGUCUUUCCAUGAGAGGGGACCAGAUGGGGAUCAACCGUCCUACACCUGCCCUCGCUCAAUAUCGUGUGCCUGGAAUUCGGGGUCUUUACCUCGCCGGACCUUUCAUGCAUCCGGGUGGAGGGGUUUGGGGCGGUGGUCGUCCGGUAGCAAAGAGGGUGCUCGAGGAUCUUGGAAUUGACUUUGAUAAGAAGUUUGUGCAAAACAGCUCGCGUAUUUGA